AUGCAGCACAUCUUCUCUCUCACCCUCAUCACCGCCCUUGCAGCACUGGUCGAUCUAUCAGCCGCUCGCGGGAACUGGUUCGAACACUGCGGCAGCAACAGCCUCCAGGGAGCUACUCUCCUAUCCAGCUGCGACGGCGGCGGCGCCAGCAUCAAUCUGAACGACUACAUUGCCAAUGACUUUGGGCACUUGGACUGGCGCAACGGGGGGCAGUUUGGGCCGUCCUGCCCUUCCUGCUGGCUGGACUAUGACAUUCUCCGGUGUAACUGCGGGCGUGGCGACGGCUCGCUGAGCACGACUGAUAUUGAUCUUGAGGAACACCUUUGUUAUUCCGGCAACAGCAUCUACUACUGCUGAUCGCUUAGUCCGGUGGGGUACUCGUUGCGCUGCGCGUGGGGCAGCGGCUUCGACAGAUAAAGGCAGAACCUCAUUUCGACCCCGCAAUAGCAUGAAAAAAAUCCUGUAUUCUUGGAGAACAACUGGCGGCCGUAGCUUGCGCCGGGUAAUGCAGCUCGUCCUUCUCUGGAUGAGGGAGCAGCGGGCGAACUUCUCCCCAGUCUUAGCUAGGUUUGCCGCCAGAUGGCUUCAAAUCAACGCGUCUCACAGCCUGCUCGGGUGCUCUAGAGACUUCAAUCAUCGUC